ACGCUGAACCGUUUUUUUUUCAUUGUAGAAAAGUUGUACUGUUGACAACAACGAGUUGACAAUUUGCGCUUGCAUCACGCGCUCGAAGUUUAAAAUCGAAAUGAGCUAAAAUUUUAUUUAUAAUCAAUUAAAAAAGCUAUUAAAUAACAUUAAAUAUUUUUUACUCAUGGUGGAUAUAACAGGAAAUUGUUCUUUUGAGGAAGACGAUGAGUUCUUUGCUGAUGCUUUACGAAGUAUAUCUGAGAUCGAAGCAUCUUCACAGAAAGUGGCAGAAGAGAGUAACUCAGUGAAACUGAGAAAUGAGUUACUUCCAUCUACACACCAAAAUCAAUUAAAAAACUAUCAUUCCGAAAUCUCUAGUUCCUAUAAAAAAACUGAUUUUUGUGAUAUCAAAAACUCUGAUGAUUAUCAUGAUAUUAAUCCUGAUAUAAAUUACUCAAGUUUUGUUCAAGAUGAAAAUUUCAGUACUAAUCACCGUUUUUUUCCUGGAUAUACACCAAAAGCAAUUAAAAGAAAGUUUCCAGGCCCAGCUGGAAUUUUCUUUGAUGAGCCUCCUAGAAAAGUGUCAGUUGGUAGUUCUGAUGUUUCCGAGAUCUUUAAGCCUACUGAUUUGGAAGUUGAACCAAUAAAAAGCUCUCAAUUUUCUGUUGAAGAGUUGCUGGCGGCUCCCUCGUGGAACAAACUUCAACUAGAUGUUUCAUCCAACCACAGUUUCCUCUCAAAUGCUCAAAACUUCAGUGUUCAACAAGUUCGAAGUGAUACUUCAAAGAAAAAAUUGCCAAAACAUAUAGUUGUUCCAAUUCUUUGUCUGUAUAUAAAGCAAUUUGACUCUGAAGAACCAGUAUCAAUUUAUAUGGAUGACACUGGUGAAAUCACAGGAAAAGUUGAUAAAGAAGUUCUUGAACAUUACAGAAAUUAUAUUAAAACUGGAACUUCCCUAGUUCUGAAAAAAAUUACAUUUGUAUGUAAUGUUAUGCUGUUAGAAAAGACAAAUUUAGUAUCCAUAUAUCUUGAUGACGGAACUGUUCAUCAUAUACAAAACUGGGAUAGUAUAGUUGAAGAAUCUUUAAAUGGUUGCAUUUUUCCAGAGACUCCAAAACUUUUAAAGAAGUCUGGGAAACUACAUCAUUCAAAAAUUACACCAACCUUAAAACAAACACUUAACAGAAACGAUGAAUUAACACCAUCAUCAGGAUCUCGAACAUUUCUACCCAUAAGGAUAUCCCAUGCUAAUGUCAAUUCUCCUUCAAACUCAAAUGUAAUUAAUCAUUCAAAUAGGUCAAUUGAUGCAGCAAAUUUGAGUCAUCCUGAUUUAGAAAUGGAUGAUUUUGAUGAACUUUUGGGAAAUCUUGAUGAAGAGACUUUUUGUGAGGAUUUAUGAAGAUUUUUAAAAAUGAAGUUACAAGCUAUGUAUAUUUAUUUUCAAUUGUUAAAGCUGAUCAAGAAAGAGAAUUAUUUUUGUUUCUAGCUGCAAUGCAUCCAAGAAUCUGAGUUAAUGUAUAUAUUAAGUGAAAAGAGUAUUUUCAUUUACAUAAUAAAAAUGUAUUAUAUCUA